UCAAUCAAUCAGUCUUCAAAAUGGCGUUAAUCAUGUCGUUCGUGUCCGUUGCUAUAUCUAUAUUGUAUACGCCGUUAUUACUUUUAAUAUUGUGCAUAAUAUUUCUCGCUUCAAUAGGAAAAUCUUUGGGUGUUCGCAGAUUGUACGUGAACAUACUGCUGAAACUAUUCGAGUAUGGCAGACAACACAUUGAAGUUGCGAAGAUCAAAAUACAAAGGACAGACAGUUCUGAUGAGGAGGACCUGCCUCCAGUGCCUGAUGAUAAACCACCUUCAGCUAUCAUCAAGGAAAAUGGGGUCAAUGGUACAAAGAUGACGGUGAUAGAACGGCAAGAGAUCCUCGGUCCUUCGCCAGAAUUGAAUUAUAAACGAAGCACGAGCCAGGAACGGGUGCAGAAUGGACCGAAAACCACACAGGGAAAUGGAGAGAGUAAUAUGGAGUUCGACCUCUCAAAUUGUCUGGACCUGGUGAAGGCUGGCAUGGAGUCCAUCAUCGAGGACCAGGUCACGUCCGUCUUCGAAGCCGAGGAGUUGAGGAGCUGGAAUUUGUUAACCAGAACUAAUAGACAAUACGAGUUCUUAACGUGGCGCCUCACAAUUAUAUGGGCGAUGGGUUUCGUAGUCCGAUAUAUGUUCCUCCUACCUCUCAGAAUAAUGAUAUUUGUCAUAGGGGUACUAGUAAUGGUUUUCACAACUUGGAUCGUCAGUUUGGUACCCUUCGUUCGUCUUCGCAACAAACUUGGAAAGAUCUCCUACAAAACCAGCAUCAGGGUGAUCAUCAGGGGCCUUUCCAUCCACGCAAGGUUCCAUGAUGAGCAGUACAGGCCAAGAGCUAAUGGUUUCUGUGUCGCGAAUCACACCAGUCCAAUAGAUGUUGGAGUUCUAAGCAUCAAAACGUGUUUCUCUUUGAUUGGUCAAAGACACAACGGUUUCCUAGGCAUUCUGCAGAGGGCGCUGGCGAGAGCAUCACCUCACAUCUGGUUCGAGAGGUCAGAGGUCAAAGACAGACAUGCUGUUGCUAAAAGAUUAAAAGAACACAUAUCAGUCCCAGACAACCCUCCGAUCCUGAUCUUCCCUGAGGGUACUUGCAUAAACAACACGUCCGUCAUGCAGUUCAAGAAGGGCAGCUUCGAGGUCGGCGGUACCAUAUACCCGGUCGCAAUCAAGUGAGUAUAACUUUAAAAUGGUUCGCCUCGAAUACAGACUAAAAUGGCCGAUGUCGUGUUUCUUACAUGAAGUAUUAAACAAA